CUCUUUCUUCAACUGUAGCUUUGCUGACAACAUGACAACUGCUGGAAAAAAACUGAAUUCUUGUCAUCCCUUCCUAAACAACUGACGGCCAAAAAGUGCAUUAGCAAACAUUACUAUGGUCAUAACAGCGUUUGGGGUGUGUAAUGUUUUUUUGACAUCGUUACAAUAUCUAUGUUCCUUUAAGCGGUAAAAAGUAAGUUCCUUUAUAGACAGUCUAACAUAAGGAACUGAGGUUUUGUGCAGUGAAACUCUGUAGAAGGGACACUCGGAUGGUCUUAAGGUAUUUGUGGUGUUGUUUUAUGAUACUUAACUAAGAGCCAGAGGGUCUUAGUUAAGACUGAUCAGCAAAGCUUUUUUUAAUCUUAUGUAAUUGUAUAAUCUAAUAAAUUGUAUUGAAAUCGCAUCCCUUGACUAUUCAGAUCCACACAGUGCCACUGUUGGGGUGCUUAAGAGUGUGUUGAGAGUUUAAGGAGUCAAUUGAAUUCAAUUAAGGAGUCAAUUGAGGUGGAGCCAGGGUCCACAUGCGCUGUAUUUGGCUUGGGAGCAGUGGGUCUGGCUGCUGUCAUGGUCUGCAAAGCCGCAGGGGCUAAGAGGAUCAUUGCUGUUGACAUCAAUCCAGGAAAGUUUGAGAAGGCCAAGGUUUUUGGUGCUACAGAGUUCCUCAACCCCAAGGACCACAGCAAACCUGUCAGCCAAGUGUUGUCUGAGAUGACCAAUGGGGGAGUGGAUUUCUCCCUGGAGUGUGUUGGGAAUGUGGCUGUUAUGAGAAGCGCCUUGGAGUCCUGUAUGAAAGGUUGGGGAGUGAGUGUCCUUGUUGGUUGGACAGACAUGGAUGACUUUUCUGUCAGACCCAUUCAGCUCAUUGCUGGGCGCACAUUGAAAGGAUCUUUCUUUGGAGGCUUUAAGGGUAAGGAUGGGGUGCCUCAGAUGGUGAACGCCUACCUGGAGAAGCAACUGAAGCUGGAUGAGUUCAUCACCCACAACAUGACUCUGGCGGAAGUCAACGAUGCAAUUAAGCUGAUGAAGACUGGUGAAUGCAUUCGGACUAUUCUGAGUGUGUCAUCACAAUAAGGUGAUGGUCAUCAAACCUACAGUAUGUAGUCACAUAUCCUAUAUUCUUGCACAGCAAAUCAAACACUAUAAAUAUCCAUAUGUAUUGUAAGCAUUGACAAAUGUUGUUUGGUUUUAAAGAAAUUAUCCAUCAUUAUUAUCUUUUAUGACUUUACCAUAUAACAAAACACCAUGAGAAUGAUGCUUGAUGCACUGCUAUAGUGACUAUAACAGUAAUGCUAACCUUAUGUUAAUGAGAAAAUGUGUGAUAACUGUGUAAUCAUAUCAAGUAAUGUGUCUGAAUAGCCUUUUUAUAAUCAUUGUUGCAAAAGAUGUAUCUAGUAGCAAAUGUAGCUGUCCUUAGAAAUCAGACUUGUGUUUUUUUGCCAAGUAAGUGUUCACAAACAUAUGACUUAUAAUAAACAUAUUGAAUCUUAAAAUCUUA